AUGACGGUGACCACACAUCCCAGAGAUCCUCCCCCAUUGGGAGAAUUAGCAGCUAUUAUUCAACGGUCGCUCUUGGCCAAUUUUGCAAGCGCCUCCGUGAGCGUCGUGGAAUGUCCCGACCUUCGCCAGCCGCCAUUCCACCUGGCCAGCUCUGGUCUAUCAGGAAACCCCUGCAUCGCCGAUGUUGGCGGCCAGGCUAAUCUCUUUCCACGUCCCAACUUUGACGCCAAAUUUGACCUUCGCUCUCUAGCGAAGGACAUGCAGAUGACGGAGGGAGAAGGCGGCUUCUUGAUUGGUGCUGGCGCAGCACCCUUCCACGACACAGGGUAUAAUGCCGAGCUUGCUGUGAAUCUUUACACUCCACCGGGACCUCACGUAGGGACUAGUGACCCAGAUAUUGAUCAAGUGAGGAAUGGGACUCGCAUUAUCCAAGUCAACAAGGAUGGUUCGCCAUGCUGCGAACCCAUCGGGAGCCUCAAUUGUGGACUUAUGGUCAACCUCUUCGGAUCUACUGGCGAUACGGGACCAGUUCUCAAGAUCACUGCUCGAGCACGGACGGGCGACAAGAACUUUACCCAUUGCAUUCGGCUUGGUCUAGCAGAUCACUACGGUGACUCGAGACCUAUCAGUCUUGGCGGGGUAUUCCUUUUGAAGGCGGGCAAGGCCAAAUUCCACAUCAUGCCGGAUUUCCCCAAGGAAGAGAAUCUGCCAUUCCGAGAUCGUGAACAACUAGAAAAGAAUUGGCUUACGUAUCAUGAUUUUGGAGCCCCCGUUAUUUGCCUGACUGUGAUGCACAGCUCUGAUCCGGAAGGGUUGGGGCUGAGAAUGGAGCAUACGCACUGUUUUGAGGUGGAUGGCAAUCGGAAAGGAGGGCAUUAUCAUUAUGACUUGCAAGAUGAGGGUGAAGAGGUUGAAUACGAAGCUUAUCUAAACGUUGCUUCGACCAUUUACCGAAUCGAUCGGCCAGGAGCUUAA